AUGGGGCUGGACGGGCUGGGCGCCGAGGCCGCCCCCGCCGCGCCCCCGGCCCCGCCGCCGCCCGCGCCCGCCUUCUACUACCCCGACCCGCCGCCCUACGGCGCCCCGCUGCUGCGCCCCGACCUGGACGCGCCCCCGGCCCCGGCCCCGGCGCCGGGACCCGCGCUGCGCGGCCGCUUCCUGCUGGCCCCGCCCGGCCGCCCGGUCAAGUCCGAGCCCCCCGAGCCGGACGGCGCCUACGGCUGCGCGCCCGGCCUGCUGCGGGGGCCGCGGGCGCUGGAGCUCAAGCGCGAGGCGGGCGACCGCGGCCCCGACACGCCGCCGCUCAGCCCCGACGGCCCCGCGCGCCUCCCCGCGCCGCCCGCGCGCGCGCCCUUCCCGCACCCGCACCCGCCGCCGCCGCCGCCGCACUUCGCCGGGCCCGGCUUCGGCGCGCCCGGGCCGGCCGGGCUGCACUUCGUGCCCACCGUGCCCGCCGCGCCCGCCGCCUUCGGGCUCUUCGAGGACGCCGCCGCGGCCGCCGCCGCCGCCGCCCUGGGCCUGGCGCCGCCCGCCGCCCGCGGUCUGCUCACGCCCCCGUCGUCCCCGCUCGAGCUGCUGGACGCCAAGCCCAAGCGCGGCCGCCGCUCCUGGCCGCGGAAGCGCACGGCCACGCACACCUGCAGCUACGCGGGCUGCGGCAAGACCUACACCAAGAGCUCGCACCUCAAGGCGCACCUGCGCACGCACACGGGGGAGAAGCCUUAUCACUGCAACUGGAACGGCUGCGGCUGGAAGUUCGCGCGCUCCGACGAGCUCACGCGCCACUACCGCAAGCACACGGGCCACCGGCCUUUCCAGUGCCACCUGUGCGACCGCGCCUUCUCGCGCUCCGACCACCUGGCUCUGCACAUGAAGCGCCACAUGUAGCCCCCCGCCCCAGCCCACCCGAUCCCGACCCCCAAGCCCAGCCCCAAUCCCGCGCAAGGCCGUGGCGGGUCCCACGCGCCGGGCUCGGCCCCCUCCCGCCUCCCCAAAAGAAGACACCCCUUCCCCCCCAAAAGAAAAACUGUGACUGGUAUUUAUUGGACCCAGCUGACCGGGCCGGGCCACGCGCCUGGCCCCCCACCUGAGACUGGAGACCCCACGGAGCAAAGGUUGGAGGGAGCAGCGUCCGUCCACCAGGCUGCACCCCCGGACUACAUUCUGUCCCCCACCCAUGGUGCAAUAAGUCUGGGUGCCCUCCCACCCGCCCCGGCCGGUCUACACUAGUGCGCACCGCGUGUGACUUAUGUACAUAGGCUGUGACCAGGAUUGCUGUAAAUAAGGAGCGCCGACAGCUCCAAUGUGUGUAAUUUUUUUUUAUAUAAGAACUUGCUGUUUUUUAAUUAAAACAAAACAAAAAGUUCA